AACGUAUGCUUCCGGAAAAAUUUGAUAUGGAUGAUGUUCAACUGGUGGGAAACGCGAAACGUGAACCGUUGACAAAAUAGUAUUUACUGGCGUUAUUUGUAUGGAAAUUUCUUUAGAAUAUCUUCCCGUGUUAUAGAGUAAUUAAUUGCAAUACAUUCCAGCAGACACAUGAACGGCCGUAUUACAGUUUAGUGAGAGAAGUGGAGUGACAGAUUGAUACGUACAUAUUAUCAAUGCUGUAAUUCUUUCUGGGGGUAAACUCCUAUUGAUCUGCCAGGGAGAUGGAAGUAGCAGACAGCUACCUGGGCCAGAUCACACAUGUGAUUGAUCCUGAUAAUUUUAGCAUGCAGAUUGGGACAGAUGAGUCUCUGGCAGAAUUCAUUCAAUUUGAGAUGCGACUAGAAGACUUUGGUCAGACUUGUAACAGAGUGAGUGACCUCUCUGCACUGGAUAUAGGACAGAUUAUUCUCGUGGAAUGCAUAGAGACAAAAGAAGGCUGGCGGAGGGGACAAGUCGCCAAUGUAAACAGGGAGGGUUCUGGUGUCGAUAUUGUGUACAUUGACUUUGGGCACUCAGAACACGUCAUCAAGUCUCGACUGUGCACAGAAUUUCCUGACGAAUUUGUGCAGUAUCCAUCCAUGGCUCUCAAGUGUCAGCUAGCAGGCAUCAGGCCGAUUGCCAGAACAUGGACCACAAAAGCUGUAAAGAUGUUCAUAGAAAUCACCCAAGGGAUCAUUUUCCAUACGUUCUUCCUGCCUUCCUCUCACAUGUUUAAAUCCACGGUAACUCUGUACUUCCAUCAAGGGGCAGACAACUCAAAUUGGGCCGGGCGGUCCCUGUCUCACGCUCUUAUGGACCAAGAGCUAGGCAUCGUGUCAGAAAAUGAAGUUACAGAAUUUCUGGAGAAUGCUGCCGAAUUUACUAGAGAAAAAUUGCAGAUGGCAGAUUUCAUGGAAUCUAGUGAAACAAACCCAGACAUUUUAGGAAGCGAAGAAAUUCCUAAUUCAAACUUUUUGGCAGGAGUGAGCAAUGAAGAGGAGAGUGAGGAGGAUGAAGACUUUCCCCAAGAGACAGGGGAGUCCGCCAUUAAUGACCCAUCAGGUGGUGUGGAUGAGGAAUCCCACGAAGGAACAAGUGGACCAUCAACGGAUGAAGUCGCCUCCGACUAUAGCAACUCUCCAGAUGGACUUCUGGGUAAUUCACAGGAGUCAGGAAAUCUGGACAACAAAGUCGUCAUCUCAGACUUCGAUUUUGAUCGCAUAUAUCACACUAAGAAUAUCUGCACAAAUCACUUGGAGGAAAGGAAAGCCAUAUUGACACGACAGCAAUUGGAGCAAGAAAACGAAAAAAUCAUAGAAGACGUGAAGGAGUGUAAGAGUCUGGCAGUGGAGGCAGGUUAUGGUGAAGUGGACCAAUUUCAGAAUGAUUUGCCUCCUAGAUUUACAUCAGCAGGGGGAGCAGAAAUGCAGAUCAAACUGCAGGAGACUGUAGGCUCAGAAUCACCAAAAGUGUUCCCCAGCCAGUCUGUCUCCGAGGACCGCAUCCCCAGUAAGCGUUACUCUCUGACUCGUCGUGAGGGCAGGCCUGGGGUGGAGGAGAGGAUGGAAUUGAAGCCUUUCAGGGGUAGGGGAAGGGCCAAAAGGUCAUCAGGACUCUCUCCAUCAAGAAACAGCCCUGUGAUUGGUUCAUCCGAAACACAGCCCUCAAGAAGCAGCCCUGUGAUUGGUUCAUCAGUAACACAGACCUCAAGAAGCAGCCCUGUGAUUGGUUCUUCACGAAACCACCUCUCCAAUAGCAACAUUGGGGUUGACUCCAUGUCUCGUCACAGCCCCGUGAGUGGCUAUCAGUAUUUUACCCCAGGUACUCCUUCAAGGAACUCUUCAAACAAGACUUCCUCAGAAAAACGAGAAGAACUGGUUCAAACACUGCAUAAGGUAUUUGCAGAGGCAGGAAGAGACUCAGAAGAGGAGACAAGGGCCCGGCUACAGAGUCUGUUUUACACAGAUUUGUACAUGUACUUGAAUAAGGAACAGCUGAAGGAAGUUACAUACCUGUUGCUGAACAGAGCGGUCCGUUACUAUGGCGAUAUACAUGAUGUAUUGCUGGACAUCAUACAAAUACUAAGUGUGACAGAAGAUUUUUCUGAUUGUCUGUAUCAGUCUUGUAAGAAGAUAGAAGAAAACUAUAUCAAGAUUCAAAUCAAGGGAAGUCCAUUCCACGUUGCAGCCAGUAAAGUGUUAGCCCACAUAUAUACUAUGAGUGUACAUUGGAACUGUGGUAACCAAAUUCAAGAAAUGGUGCUGUCAGCUCUGGAGAAGUGGAUAAUUUUCAACAAAACAGCGCAGCAGUUUGGACAAGGCCGACUACAAGAACUAUAUAUCGAGUGUUUCGAUAUUGUCUGGUGCAUUGUUGGAUCUCACAUCUGUGAUCAGUAUCCUGAACGCAAAGCUCGUCUGCAGAAGGAGUGCAGAGAUAAGAUACUCAAUGACAAUGUCUCUAGAUUUGUGCGGUCAAAAUUGCUGGACAUUUACAUAGACAAAUUUGUCAUCUCCUCCACAACGAGGAAGGAAGAGGCGAAUACUCAGACGUCGAUGUCGACGCUGGUGGACAAGGAAGUUCAGACGGACAUGAUCAAAAUUACAGGGAGACAGUCAUCGGUUCAUUCUCCAGUUCCACAGACAUCUGAAUCCAAGAAAAAUUCCAAGACUAAGACCAUAAAUUCUAAAUCAAAAGCCAGCAAAGCUGAGAUAGAAAAGGACAAAGAGUGGCCAAAGUUGUCAAGCCCCAAGGUACCGGAUUGGACUAAUCUGUUACUGGAGAGCCCGAAGCCCUUAGAGUGGAGCAGUCCUGAGGGGGAAAGUGUCUUUAAGACCUCUGACUCACUGCAUAGCAGUCUGUAUUCAUCUGCAGAGGAUAAAUCAUUCCAAAGUUUACCUGUGAAUGGGAAACAGUCAUCAUUCCUCAAUUCACCAGACAAUCUCAGGAGGCGAAAUCUGAAUCAGUUGCGGAAACCCAUGCAGCCGCCUGCCAUGUCAGAACCUCAACAGACAUUUACCAACUGGUCUGACAACAUGGUGUUUGGUUCCAAAUCAAACUUUUUAUCCAGUGAACACAUGCAUAGAUCUGCAGAUGAUGAAAUCAAAAGUAAGAUUUUACAGAGCAGAGUUUGUGCCUUGGCAGAUCCCAUUGGACUGAAAGCUCAAAGUUCCUCAGAGCCCACAAGACUAAAAGGUCAAAGUUCUUCAAUUCAGCAAACUGAUAAUAAGAAAGACAAUCUGUUUGGAGUAAAGGAAAUGUCCUCCUCGAGCAAUAAGAAAGAGGAGCAAAAAAUGAGAAGCAAGGAGCCACUUUCUUGGUGGGAUUCCACAGGAAGCCUGAAUGGAUCCAGUGUACAGUCUUCUUCCCACGGAUCAGAUUACGACUCUAGUGGCAGUGAGAAAAGACCAUUACCUAGGGGUAGGGGAAAGCGUGUCAAAAAAGAGAUUACUGCAGCACAGAGAUCGUCCAAUCCUGUACGGAAAGCAGAUGAAAAUAACGAUAAGCAUGACAAAUAUGCAAAUCAGGCUGUAGCCCAAAAGAGAGUAAAUCCAUUAAGGACUCAGACGAACGAAAAUCCCUUAAAAUCCCAAAAUAUUAAUGCCAAUUGCAAUAAAGUCAGUGAUGCCAACAGUGAAAAAUCUCCACAGAAAGUGAUGGACUGGUUCUCUAUGGAGGAAGUAGUAACUGGUGGUCAGCCCUCAAGAAUUAGCAGCAAUGAUGAUGAUGACGUGCCAGAUGACUGGUUUCUUGCCAGUGAUGAUGAAAAAAGUGCCAAAAAUUCUCAAAGCAGUGAUAUGCAAGCUUUGCCUAAUGUGGAUAGAGAUAAAACAUCGAAUCAGAGGAACACAAUUACAAACCUUGUGUCUUACAGUGAAGACAUAUCUCCAGCAUCCAAGUUGGGUACAGACAUCAAUGAGAAAUUGGACAGUGAGGAAAACAGUGGGGAUGGUCAAUCAAGACUGACCCACUUAUCGGAUGAGGAAGGAGAGGAUGAUGGGAUGUGGGAAACGGACAGUUCAUCUGAUGAUAUGUACCUGCAGCCUGUAAACACGACUGACACCAAUGUCCAGACAACAGGUGCCCCUAAGUGGGUGCCAGGACAGAGGAAGUGUACGCUAUGUGGUGCUGCUGACCAUGUGAUAUACAAAUGUCCUCAGAAAAAAGAGAAAAAUUUCUUCCUUUAAAAAGUGCCAUUGUAUGUUCAGGGAUGUGUGUGUGGGUGUUGUCAAAGUGUGUGUUUGUGAGGAGGGUUGUGUUUUAUUGUUCUAAUUUACAUCUGCAUCUAAAGGCUUUAAUUCUGAAGUCCAGCUCUUCAGGUCUAAGUAUGUCUAUAUGUCUGACAUAUUGAUUAAACAUGCUUGUAUUGCACCCCUCUAUAUAGUUUUAUGGCCAAUGUAUGCAAGUAAAGCUAAAGGAGUUUGGAAGGUUUUUGAAGAAGAGUGAAAUUUUUAAGGUAGCUCCAUCCUCAGGUGAAUUAUCAAAAUCAAUGAUUGAAAGUGGAACUGUGAUAAUGUCCACAAUUUCCCCCUUAAUAUAGUUUAAUUUAAUCAAUAACCAAAGAAAAUGUGUAUGUUGCCACCUUUUUAAAGAUGUCAAAAUUACAUAGAAAGAAAUAAUUUGUCAAGAUUAGGAAAUCACAGGAUUUCAUUAGGAAAUAAUAAGAAUACAUAAAAACUUGUCAAAAAUGACUAAUUUUCAAUAUCAACAUUUUCAAAAAACUGCUACUUUAUAAAUAUGUAUAAAUUAAUUGUGAAUACAAUUCCUCCAAAAGCUCAAUUAUAUAAAGAUUGUGCAAAAACCUAUGACGUCACAUGAGGGUGGAUCAACCUUAAGAUAGCCUUUUAUUGCCCAAACAUCUCUAAAUCAAUAUGUAAGCUUAUUGUAAAUCUUUGGUCACAAAGUAAGAGUUGAAAUUUGUAGACAUAAGAUAUUUUUGAAUGUUGAUUAUGGAAAUGUUAAGUGCAGCUCUAAUGCUUUUUUGAUAUACAUGUGAAUUAUUUCUAUCAGAUAUGGAAUAUUUGCAAUGUACUUUUUUGUCAAUGAGAAGGGUUAACUUAGGAGGUAUACAUGAUUUGCUGAAAUAACUGGAGGGCUCUUGAAUCAGCAACUGCUUUUAGAGAUCAUUGAGCCUGAUCCGCUUGUGCCAAAUUCAGCUGUUGAAUAUAUUUAUUUUGUGUUGAAAUGCUUGUUUUUCAUUGUUUCUGAGGUACAAAUGUAAUAUUUCAUAGGGUAGAGUUUGAUAUUUGAAAAUUAACUUAUUGCUGACCCCCAAACCCCAUAACAUAAUGGAGUUCAAGGUCAGAUAUGAUGUCAAGGUCAUGAGAGGUACACUAAUUAUGAAUAAAUUUGAAUCACUCCUGACUAUAGUGUUACCUGUAACUAGCGACUAUAAUGUUACCUGUAACUAGCGACUAUAGCGUUACCUGUAACUAGCGACUAUAGUGUUACCUGUAACUAGGGACUAUAGCGUUACCUGUAACUAGCGACUAUAGUGUUACCUGUAACUAGGGACUAUAGCGUUACCUGUAACUAGCGACUAUAGCGUUACCUGUAACUAGCGACUAUAGUGUUGCCAUACAUUUAUUUAAUGCAUUCCUCUUGGUAACUGCAUAUAUUUUUGUAUGGGGAAAUAUAGAGCCACUCCACAAAAAUUUAAAAUGGUAUCAUGUGUUAAAGUUUGACUAAUGAUUUACUGCGAGUUGUGCGAUAUCCAAAAUGGGGGGGUGGGGGGGGGGGGGGGGGUGUUGGUGUUUGUGGUUCAUAUUGUAAUUUAGAAGUGAAACAAAAGCUUUACACAUGUAAUCAUUGAUUUAUUCAUUUUAACUCUAUUGAGGUAGCUCCACCCCUAUUUGACUUAUCAAUUUAUUGGUUAAAAGUAGAAAAUCUAUUAAUAUUUCCACUUAGAAUAGUGGAAAUGACCUUGAUGAAAUACAAAAGAGAAAUUUGAUAUGGAUGAAAAGUAGAGGAUAUCUACAACAAUAGUUUGAAUUGAAAACUUUCAAAUUUAUUUAGUCAAAAAAUGCAGUUUCAGAAGAAAGUAAUCUGAAAAAAUUAACACCCCUGCUGGACUCAACCCCGUAAUCUACAGAUCAGCAGUUGACACAUUCACUGAUUGAGUUUGGCAAUCGGAUUUAAAAGGAGUAUACAAAUAUUCCUGAUAUUUAUAUUUUCAUUCAUUAUGUGAAAAGGAAGUCGGCCAUUAUGUACAGUGUAGUAUACACCUCCUUAAUCAAUGAGAAAAUGGAUAUGUUGCCACAUUUUUAAAGAUGUCAGACAUAAUACAUGGUUCAUUAAACAUUAUGCAUUAUUAAAAUACAUAGAAAUUGUUAGAGUAACACAACUUUCAACAGUUUCAAAAACUUGAACUUGAAUGAAUUGUGAACAUGAAUGAUUUCCAUUGUUGCAGUAUUAUAGAAAUACCAGCGUAGAAGUUAGAAAAUAUAAACUUUUUCAGGGUCUGAUUAUAUUAUGCGGUCCAGUGAAUAAAAUUCCUCUAAAAAGAUAUUUCUGUCAUGAACUAAUUUUGAUGUUAUUGGAUUUUACAUAAAACCUAUGAUAUCGCAUGAAGGUGGAGCUACCUUGAUUAGAGAGAGCAGUCUUCCUGGAAUAUCAGGUGUAGACUAAAGAACUAAAGCCAGAAACUGCAACCCUGUCAAUCCUAGAAAAUUUGAAUCUCUGUAUUGUCAAAUUACCCUUUCAUUUUGUACUUCUGAAUCAAAAUAAUAGUUUUGUUGAGGAAUCCUGAUGAGCAGAAUUGUGACUUUUGAAACUGGGCAUGGUAUCUCAAAACUUUUUCCGUCAAUUCCUUCAUUUCCUCUUUGUGAAAGGUCAUUUUGAUCUUGAUAUAUAUAUAUACAAAAAAAAUGUACAUUAAUCAUGUUUAAUGUGCAAAUGAUUUUUACAAUUUGAGUAGGGUAGUAUACAGGCAAGAACCCAGAAAAACAGUGACAUUCUGUGAAAUGAUCAUCCCCAAAACAAAUCUUUAGAGGAAUAAAAAAAUAUAGAGUCUGCAUUUUAGGUUGGCAAAGGGGAAUGUUUUUGUUUUUAUUGGAAAACUGGUGCCAAAGUUGAGUGCUUUACAAUCUGUGAGCUGCAGCUGCUGGUCUUGUAUAAGGUUGUGGACUCUGGGUGUCUGUGUUGGUAAUAGAUCCACCAGUGUCAUGAUAUUUGUACUUCAUUUUGUUAAGAAUUGUAUCGCUCAUGUGAAAAUUUGAAUUGAUGGUUAACUAUCUGAGAUUUCUCACCGAAACGAAUGUGUUUUCAUUAUGAUAUAUUUGUACAAGCAUAUAUACGAUGGUUUUCCCAAAAAGUAUACAUAUAUAUCCAUUAGUAAUUACUGAUACUUAUACUUCAGUUUGUUAAGAAUGGUAUCACUCCUGUCAAAAUUCAGUGCCUUAUUCAUUUGUGUGGCAUUGUGCAAUGUCCAGGCUUUAACAGAAUUAAGAUGGAUCUCUAGAAUAUAUCUAGUGGGGUAUUUUUUAACAGAGUGUUUUAAGCCUUUUAUAAAUCUCCAGUUACCCCUGGCAACAAAGUUUGAAACAUGGUUAUAUAGAAACUUCAUAAGUUGAAAUUUGAAAAUCCCCUGUCAUCAUUUAUAAAAUCCUCUGUCACAUUGUUUAUAAAAUCCCCUUUCAGAUUGUUAAUAAAUCUUUUGAAGAAAAAAUGGUGAUAAUGAAAUUGGUGACAAGGAAGUGACAUAGAGUUAUCAAUUUCACAAAAUAUUUUCUAUUGUUUUUUAGAAGUCCAUUGUACUCUGACCUCAGUAAAUUUGCUAGUGAACGUCAGCAUAUCACAUACUAAGUACACACUCGCACAGAUAUAUAUAUAUAUAUAAACAAUAAUUUUUCCAAUUUUAUAAAUGUACUUUUAACGAAUGAUGCAGUACAUGUGUAAUGGUGAUAUCAGAAGAGGUAUUUGAGUAUGAGUCUGUUUAUUUGAGUGUGUAUCUUUUUGUUUUGAAUGCAUGUACUACAUGUAAGAACUUCUUUAUGAAUAGGGAAUAUUGUUUCUAAAGAAUGACGAGGAACUCCCUAUACAGACAAGUUUUACUGUAGUAGUAAUAUUACUGUAUGUUAUUGUUAAUGCUUGUAUUUAAAUUAGAGCUUGGCGCUUUAGUCUUUAGUUUAUUUGAAUUACUAGUUGAACAGAGGAAGACAAUUGUUAAUUGUUGGGUUCAAAGAUUAAGUCACGAAAAUUUUUGAAAAAGAUUAUGGUCGCCAUUAAAAGUUGAUCAGCAUCUGGGCAUUUUGAUGUAUUCUUUCUAGAGAAAUUAAAAGAAGUAUUGAUUUCUGAAGGCCAUAGGUCAAGGUCAUAUUCAAAGUGCACUUUUCAUACUAUGUUUAUUUUUAUGCCCCGGAGAUCGAAGAUCGGGGGGCAUAUUGUUUUAGUCCUGUCUGUCAUUCUGUCUGAAACUUUAACCUUGCUAAUAACUUUUGAACAGUAAGUGCUAGAACUUUCAUAUUGACCAUGAGCAUUUCUUAUGAUAAGAUCUUUCUACUGGUACCAAGAUAUUUGUCCUUGUGACCUUGGCCAUUAUUGAGGACAUUUGUGUUGCUUUCACAAACACAUCUUGUUAAGAUUUUGAAAAUACAGGAGGGCAUGACCUUGGUUGCUGUAUGCCAGCAUACUUCAUGAAGUACAUUAGUUCCUACCCUCAUGUUAAAAAAUUGAUGUACUAUAAUUAUCAAGAUUCAUAUGCACAUUGUUCACAUUCAUGAGGAAAUGGCUAUCACUUCAAUUGGUAAAGAUGUUGAAGAUAAAAAACAUUGGAAAUGUAAAUAGUGUCCUUAUUACAGUACCCUUGUUAUGUUUUCUGUAUCUCCAUUGUGUCAGGUAUAUAAAAAAUAUUGUGCUAAUCCGAUUAAAUUCGCUACACGAAUAAGAAACAGAUUCAACAUGUUCGAAGAUCUGAUUUUAAUUAGAUUGAUGUGGUGUGUGAUACAUGUAAUUUAUUGGUUAAAAAUACAAUAUGGCUGUCCUAUAUGAAUUUUGUAUUGUCAGUCUCCACAUCAAAAUUAAAACAUCUAAUGAAAAUCCUGAAAAGAAUUGUAUAUGGUAUGGACAUGAAUUGGUCCCCUAAAUUGACAGCAAAAUUGUGUUUUUCCAAUGUGCCCCAUGUUUUUAGAAAUGCAGUUCUUGCAUCAAAAAUUGACAUUAAAGAAAAAAAAAAAUCAUUUUUAAUAUAAAAUUAUAGGAAAUUAUAUACAGUUGAUCAUAAUUUUCACAUGCUUUUGUUGUACAAGAAUUUUCAGUUUUUAGUAACAAAGUGGGCCUUAAACAUAUUCAAACCUUUCACAUCUGAAGUAAGAAUUUUUUUAAUAUACUGAUGAAAUAUUUCAUUUUCUUAUUUAACAAAGUAAUUUGAAGUUUUUACAUGGGACAGCUCAACAACCAUUGAGCAAUUGCUUUUCUCUUCCUUUUUUUGUUGCGGGAUUAGUGCUUCGGACAUGAUGUAUAAAAUAGAGAGUGAAUCAAAUGAAAAUUGUUUUCUAAUUUUCCCUAAUGACAAUGAAUGAAUGCAUAUCUUGAAUUUUAUUUUGGGCAAAUGUUUUUUGAUUUAGUUCUGUAGGAACAUGCAAGAAAGAAAUUAUGUAAUAAUACACUGAUAGCUGUUGAUAUUACCAUGGCUACAUGUAUUUUGUUUUACUGUGCAGGUGUAUGUAAUUAUUCCUGUAAAAUGUUGCGCAUUUUGUUCAUUGAGAAAAAUAAAGUCAUCAACCCAACUAUUA